AUGGAGGCGGCCAACCCCAAUCCCACCGUGGUGCUGCACGCCUGCCUGGGCGUGGGCCACCUCAUCCCCAUGGUGGAGCUCGCCAAGCUCUUCCUCGGCCGCGGCGUCGCCGUCGUCAUCGCCGUCCCGACCCCGCCGGCAUCCACCGCCGAUUUCUUCUCCUCCACCGCCUCCGCCGUCGCCGGCCUCGAGGCCGCCAACCCGUCCAUCGCCUUCCACCACCUCCCGCCCCCGGACUACCCCGACCCCAACCCCCACCCCUUCCUGCAGAUGCUCGACCUGCUCCGCCUCACCGUGCCGUCCCUGCUGGCCUUCCUCCGCUCCCUCCCCUCCGUCGCCGCGCUCGUCCUCGACCUCUUCUGCAUCGACUCCCUCGACGCCGCCGCCCAGACCGGCGUCCCGGCCUACAUCUACUACACCUCCUCCGCCGGUGACCUCGCGGCGUUCCUCCACCUGCCGCACCACUUCGCCACCACGGAGGGGAGCUUCAAGGACAUGGGCAAGGCGCCCCUCCGCUUCCCCGGGGUCCCGCCGAUCCCGGCGUCCGACAUGCCGCACACCGUGAUGGACCGCGCGGACCCGAUCUGCACCAUCAGGAUCGGGCACUACGGGCGCAUCCCGGAGGCCCGGGGCGUGCUGGUCAACACCUACGAGUGGCUUGAGGCGAGGGCCGUGAGGGCGCUCCGGGAGGGCGUGUGCGUCCCCGGCCGCCCGACCCCGCCGGUGUACUGCAUCGGGCCGUUGAUCGUCUCGGACUCGGCGGCGGCGCAAGGCGAGCGGCACGCGUGCUUGCCAUGGCUGGACGCGCAGCCGGAGCGGAGCGUGGUGUUCCUCUGCUUCGGCAGCAUGGGCGCCGUGUCGGCGGCGGAGCUGAAGGAGAUAGCGCACGGGCUCGAGAACUCCGGCCACCGCUUCCUGUGGGUCGUGCGCACCCCGCCGGACGACCCGGCCAAAUUCUUCCUGCCGCGUCCGGAGCCAGACCUGGACGCGCUCCUCCCCGAGGGGUUCACGGAGAGGACACGAGGCAGGGGGAUGGUGCUGAAGAUGUGGGCGCCGCAGGUGGAGGUGCUGCGGCACGCCGCCACCGGCGCGUUUGUGACGCACUGCGGGUGGAACUCCGUCCUGGAAGCGGCGUCGGCCGGGGUGCCGAUGCUGUGCUGGCCGCAGUACGCGGAGCAGAGGCUGAACAAGGUGUUCGUGGUGGAUGAAAUGAAGGUCGGAGUGGUAAUGGAGGGAUACGAUGAGGAGCUUGUGAAGGCUGAGGAGGUGGAGAAGAAGGUGAGGCUGGUCAUGGAGUCAGAAGAAGGGGAGAAGCUGAGGGAUAGGCUGGCAUUGGCCAAGGAGAAGGCCGCUGAAGCGCUGGCAGACGGCGGGCCGUCGCGGAUGGCGUUUGCCGAGUUCUUGAAGGAUUCAAAGCUCUCCACAUGA